UAUAAACGACACUUAUGGAGUUGCUUUAGCUGCAAUAAAAUAAGAAGAAAUGCCUAUCAUUUGGCUUCUGUCACUUCUCUUCGUCAUCUGUAUUCUUGUAGCCGUUUUCAACCACAAGAAGCGGAGGAGUUAUCAACGGACACCACCGUCUCCUCCUGGCUUUCCGAUCAUCGGAAACCUGCAUCAGCUCGGAGAAUUACCACAUCAGUCUCUAUGGAGACUCUCCAAAAAGUAUGGUCCGGUGAUGCUUUUGAAGCUUGGAAGAGUCCCAACAGUCAUAGUUUCUUCCUCCGAAACAGCAAAACAAGCUUUGAAAAUACAUGACCUCCAUUGUUGUAGUCGUCCAGGCUUGGCAGGGCCAAGAGAGCUCUCUUACAACUAUCUGGACAUUGCUUUCUCUCCUUAUGAUGAUUAUUGGAAAGAAGUUAGGAAGCUCGCUGUUCAAGAACUCUUCAAUACUAAACAAGUUCACUCGAUUCAACCCAUGAAGGACGAGGAGGUCAAGAAACUGAUCUAUUCAAUCACGGAUUCAGCUUCUCAUAAGACUCCGAUCAACUUGAACAAGACAUUUCUUGCAUUAACUGUUAGUGUGGUAUGCAGGACAGCGUUUAGUGUCAAUUUUGAAGGAACUGUGCUCAAUAGUGACAGAUUCAAUAAAAUAGUCCGUGAGGCGCUCGAGAUGUUGGGAAGCUUUUCUGCCUCAGAUUUCAUUCCGUAUGUCGGGUGGAUCAUCGACAGGCUUACAGGUUUGCGAGGACGGAGAGAGAGAAGCAUGAGAGAUCUUGAUGCCUUCUAUGAACAAAUGUUUGAUCUGCAUAAACAAGAAAAGGAAGAUGGUAGCGAAGACUUUGUGGACUUGCUGUUGAGGUUGGAGAAAGAAGAAGCUGUUCUUGGAAAUGACAAGCUCACUAGAAACCAUAUCAAAGCAAUCUUGAUGAAUGUUCUGCUAGCAGGAAUCGAUACUUCUGCAAUAACCAUGACAUGGGCGAUGGCAGAACUCGCGAAGAAUCCGCGAGUGAUGAAAAAAGUUCAAUCUGAAAUCAGAAGCCAAAUCAAGAACAAAGAAAGAAUCAGCUUCCAUGACACAGAUCAGCUCGAGUACCUCAAAAUGGUUAUCAAAGAAACAUGGAGAUUACAUCCUACAACACCUCUUUUGCUCCCAAGAGAAGCAAUGUCUGAAUUUGAGAUCAACGGCUACACGAUUCCUGUCAAGACACGGCUUCAUGUAAAUGUCUGGGCUAUCGGGCGUGAUCCCAAUACCUGGAAAGACCCUGAAGUGUUUCUUCCAGAGAGGUUUAUGGAUAGUAACAUUGAUGCAAAAGGACAGCAUUUUGAGCUGUUACCGUUUGGGGGCGGCCGGAGAAUGUGUCCUGCCGUUUAUAUGGGGACAACACUGGUAGAGUUUGGUCUGGCUAAUCUGUUGUAUCAUUUUGACUGGAAGUUACCAGAAGGCAUGAAGGUUGAAGAUAUCGACAUGGAAGAAGCUCCCGGACUCACUGUCAACAAGAAAAACGAGCUUCUACUUGUCCCCACGAAGUAUCUAGAUCCUUAAGCUAACGUUCAUCACAAGGAACAAAAAGACAAAACAAAAUCUCAUUUUCGUUUGAUGUUUUAUAAGACGGAAUAAAAUAAAAGAACAUCUUCUUUUUAAAACAACUGAUUAACGCAUUACGAUUUUGUAAUUUGCGCUCUCAAGAUUCUAAUCGGUUGAAUUUGGUUCCCAGA